GUAAAUAAGAUAUUUCAGUAGGUAAAUAGUGUAUAUAAGUCCUAUUAUUCCGACUUGAAAAAGACAUUUAAAAUGAAAAAAUAGGACUUCACAUUUUUCUGUAAUAUCUCACUGCAGUAUAUUUUAAAGUACUGUGUCUACGAAAAAUACUUAAAUAUGGAAUUUAUGGUUAGAAAUGGUUAGUUUUGAAAUAAAUAUAACAUGGGGAGUAGUGCAAGCAAGACUGAAAACCAGGAAACAAACGAAACCCCCAGGCCAUCAGGAAACAGACAACCGAUUGACAAUAAUGACCCGGGCAUGUUCGGUACCCAGACGUUUCGCCCCGAUGACGGACGAGUCUCAGAUGCACGCGACGAGAGGCACGUGUACUACGAAAACGAUAUGCAUCCACAGAGACAAAGAGUGCUGCAUGACCCACAACCACACAGUCUAAACCCCUGGUUGGAAAACAGUCAUGUGGUCCCUCCGCACAUGGCGCCUCCACCAUACAAUGAGAUUCACCACGACCCUGUGGCCAUGGCCACCCCUCACAGAAAUGCCACGCAAGAACCACCAACCCAACCAGGAGAAACCACCGGCGGGGAAACUACGGCUCGUUCCGAGCAACCGUCGAGUCGAGCGCCGUCGGUACAGAGGCAGACUGCUUCUCCGCAUCAAAAUUCACUGACGGGAAAUGCUUCAGCAAAUCCAGAGCCCAGUCCUCGAGCCGUCCCUUCCACUGCCCCUGGUCCGUCAUGGCGAGAGGACGUGGAGCAGCAGGUAACACAAAGAACACAAGAACCUGUACAGUCAAGGACACUUCAUAAGCCUUCAGUAAACCCAUACAGCAUGUCGAUUGACCGGCUGAGGUACAAGAGCAUGUAUCUGGAACAACCUGCUACCGGAAACCCAACCAAUGCAAACACCAGCAACAUUGUGCCUGAGGGUAAAAUAGAAUAUCAAGUCGAUACAUUGCUGAAUUAUGGAGUGGUCAGAAAAACAGAUAAAAAACAGAGAACAAACGAUGCCGAGUACGUCGACUUGAACCUGCGUUUCUACCAUAACGUGAUCCCGUUCCGGCCUGACGGGGAAUACGUCGACAACGUACACAGGAACUGGUUGGGACGUUACGCCAUCCUGGACCAGCUGGAUACGUACAUACAGUGGUUGUUUCCUAUCCAAGAGAAAAGCAAGAAGAACCGCUAUGCAGUUCCACUUCGAGAGCAUGAAGCUAGGCAAAUAUCCAACGAUCCAGAGACUAGGGUCCGAGUGGUCAAGUCAUACCGCCUGAUGUUGGACUACUACGGAAUGCAACUUGUAGACGAACUUUCCGGGAAGAUAGUACGGGCCUCACAUUGGAAAGAUCGCUAUUACCAUCUAAAAAGGACAAAACGUGACCACUUCCGCCUGACGCGGAUUAUCAAGAGCCUGGGGGAGCUUGGUUUCGCCUUUUUCCAAGCCCCGCUCGUGUUGAUGCUCCUGCACGAGAUUUUCGAGACGCACGAGUUAUUUGGGAUCCUGCCCUCCAGCAUCCAACAUUGGGUCAGGGCCAUAUCGCACAAGUUCGAGCGGGAAUAUGUUCUCAGACAGUUUCAGGAAAGGAUAACGGACCUCGAGCAUAAAUUUGAACGUUGGAAGAGAAAUAGUAGUGAUAAUAACAAUCGGUAUUUUCAUACGCACAGACGAACAAAGAGAUAGAUUUGUAGAGUGGUUGUAAGCUCCAAAGAACUUGAAACGGGUCCGAAAAAAUACUCAAAAACGUACACAAAUUUAUUUGCUGUUUUUUUGUUGUUUUUUAUCACACUUAGCUCCUUUUACAACAUGGUUAUACAUGUUUCACAGAUAUCAUCCAUUUCAUAAUUCACAUAUACAGUGGUAAUCUCAUUAUUGAAAUCCUGUAAAUAUAAUUUCAUUCCA